AUGGGAAAUUUACAGGAACUGGGCAUUGUUCUGCUAUUCUGCAUGCAAACUGCUUUAGCUCUCAGGUGUAGAGAAUGUACAUCCUAUUUAUUUCAAGAAUGUAAACAUAAAGUAAGAACAUGUAUUGCAGAAGACGAUGAAUCUUGUAUGAUUACUAGACUCUGGCUUCUACCGUUCAACGUGAAUGAGCCAGAGGAUGGAUAUUCUAAGUGCCAGAAAAACUGUACAAGAGAUGAUUAUAACUACAAUGAUCAUGCCGUAUUGAUAUCCUGUUGUGAUACAUAUGACUUCUGCAAUGAUAUCACUGUGCCAAUUGAUGAGUGGUAUUGA